CAAUAAAAUGCUCCUCUUGGUGAGCAAAAGCCUACAUAAGAAAUGCAGAUUUGAGGAGCUGCAGUCCAGUUCAUCCGCUGUGUCUUGUUCUCUCCAGCUUAAUACAGCACCAGUUGGUGGCACUCUUAAAGGAUCCUCUCUGAAGCCUUUGUAUGUAAAGAUGAUGUCUGCAAAAGCCAUGGCUAAAGUAACGAUCAUCAUGCUGGCAGUCUGUCUUCUUACCCAAACAGAUGGGAAACCUAUUAAGAAGAGAGCUGUCAGUGAAAUACAACUUAUGCACAACCUGGGCAAACACCUGGCCUCUGUGGAGCGGAUGCAAUGGCUGAGAAAGAAGCUGCAAGAUGUACACAAUUUUGUUAGCCUUGGAGUUCAAAUGGCUGCCAGAGACAGCAGUUACCAGAGGCCCACCAAGAAGGAGGAAAAUGCCCUUGUUGAUGGCAAUGCAAAAAGUCUUGGAGAGGGAGACAAAGCUAAUGUGGAUGUAUUAGUUAAGGCUAAACCUCAGUAAAGGCUGACUUACUAGACUGUAAAGGGCACCAUUAUAUGCUGCUACCUUUUCAGGCUUUGUGAAGAUCACCAAGUGCCGAUACUUCCAGUGUAAUGAAAAUCUGGAAAUAUUUUGAUUUCACUUUUGCUCAUUUAUGGUCUCUUUCAAUGAUUCCAUUUCAGUAUGUUCUUCUUUUUCAAAUAUGUUACUGCAGAACUUAUAAAGAAUAAAUUACACAUGUCUUCUUUUCUCCUUGAACACAAAAUAAAACUUUAGUAAUCAUGA